AUGGAUUCCUUUGAGAGUAUUGAUCAUAUGGAAGAUGAAGAUUAUUUUGAUCACGAGGAGUAUAUGAUACAAGCAAUGGCCCUACAUAGACAACAACAUGCAGCCGAGGGAGCAUCUGCUUCACGUCGUCGUAAUUCUCAACCUCGCAUGUUCAUUCGACAUAAUCCAUUGGAAGGUCAUGAGCGCCUUUGGAAUGAUUACUUUGCUGAGCCGUCAAUAUAUUCACCAAACGUUUUUAGGAGGAGGUUUCGAAUGCAUCGUAAUCUUUUUUUAUGCAUACAUUCUGCAGUUGAAGCUCACGAUGAUUAUUUUGUCCAAAAAAGAGACGCCAGUGGGAGACUUGGAUUGUCCUCCCUUGAAAAGAUAACUGCAGCAAUUAGGAUGCUUGCAUAUAGGGUUACGACAGAUCUUAUGGACGAGUAUGUAAGAAUUGAAGAAAGCACCGCACGGUUGAGUAUGAAGAAAUUUGUAAAGGCGAUCAUGUCAAUUUUUUGGGGUGAGUACUUGAGGUCUCCAACCAGCAAUCAUAUAGCGAGGUUACUAGAAGUCGGACAAAACCAUGGGUUUCUAAGAAUGUUGGGUAGCAUUGAUUGCAUGCACUGGAAAUGGAAGAACUGUCCUAGUGCUUGGAAAGGUAAGUACUCUGGUCACGUAAAUGAACCAACUAUUAUUUUGGAGGCUGUUGCAUCUUAUGAUCUUUGGAUAUGGCAUGCUUUUUUUGGUUUGCCUGGGUCUCAUAAUGACAUCAAUGCAACAUUAGUGAAGACAAUUCCUGCUCCACAUGGAAAAAAGAAAAAACAUUUUGCUGCUUGUCAGGAGUCUGCAAGGAAAGAUGUGGAGCAAGCCUUCGGAGUACUCCAAGCUAGAUUUGUAAUUGUGCGUGGACCUGCUAGGUAUUUUCAGCCCCGAGUUCUAAAAGACAUUAUGUACACAUGCAUUAUCUUGCACAAUAUGAUCGUUGAAGAUGAGCGUCAUCAAUAUCUCGGGGUUGACCAGUUUAUUUACGAAUCCAAUGAUGAUACUCCACAUGAGCCAAUUUCACGCGAUAAUAUACCUGAAUUCAUGGAGUUCAUUGCGCAACAUCAUCGAAUUAGAGAUAGAGGCACUCAUUCUCAACUCCAAGCUGACCUUAUCGAGCAUUUAUGGAAUUUGCAUGGCCGCUCAUAA